AUUGUUCUCUCUCUCUCUAGUAGAGGAGGCUAUGAUUUUAUAGAACUCGACUCAGUAUGCACGCAGCGAAUAUGCUGACAACAAGGUGUGGUUUGUUGAAGACAUGUGUGGUUGAGAUUGCGGUGAUCGGACGAUGGCCGAAGCGUCAGAUCCGAACGGUCGCAUUCCCGGGGAGUUACUAUGAGACUCUCGGUAUCAGUGACAAGGCUACUGAGAAGGAGAUCAAAGACCGGUAUCUGGCCCUUUCAAGACAGCUACACCCUGACUUGCAUAUGUACCACAAUUUCCAGGGAUCGAGGACGACUUCACAAUAUGAUUUGGUCCGUAGUGCUUACGAGGUGCUGGGUACUCCCCUUUCCCGCCGGUCCUAUGAUCAGAAGCUGCACGACAUGCGCUAUCGAGGGGCAACCACUAGAAGUGGGUUUCAGAGACCUCAAGAGGCGGCACACCCAUCGGUAGAUUUCAAUAGGACUACAUUCUCGAAAUUAGCCUUUGCCCUGGUAGGGUGUUUAAGUAUCAUGGCACUGGGCGCCGCUUUGCAGAGCGCUUGGUUGCGAAUAGAUCCGAUGGAGGCUAAAUUACGAAGGCAGCGCGAAAGAAUGAAGGAAAAUGAAGCCAGCUGGAUUACCAGACUGAAGGAGUUGGAGCAAGACAAACAACGGUCGCUUCAGCACGAGAAAAGGAAAUUAGAGUCGACUGCCUCUGCUUAGAAUUGCGAGCUUCCCACCGAGAGUUAAAAUUUAGAUUCUAAACAGAAUAUAGGAAUUAAAUAAUCAAUAUUUACUCCG